GUCUAUGUUAUUCUCCGAUAACUUCAGUUGACGUUGAGAAAGAAUAGUAAUUGUUACAGAGUAUUUUUUUUAUUGUUAUUAAAUACGUUUCAAUAAUUUUGACGAAUUCUACAAGACUGGAAGUUUUAUCUUUUAAAUCACAUUUAAUUGUUAGUCAAGUGUAGAAAUUUUUUUGGAAUAUACCUAAUAACAUAACAAUGAUGGGCAAUAGUACAGAUCUAUUUCUUGAUCGAACCAAAAGAAUACUUAACUUCUUCGCUAUGUGGCGUUCAUUUGAAAAACCAAUCCCACUAAAAGUUUAUAUGGCGUUUAUCAUGACGACACAGUAUUUAUUUCUCAUAUUUGAAAUAAUUUACAUUGUGAAUGUCUGGGGAGAUAUGGCCGAAGUUUCUGAAGCUUCUAUUUUGUUGUUCACUCAAGCCUCGGUUUGUUAUAAAAUGACAGCAUUUAUCAGUAAGACAAACAAUUUUGUGAUCCUAUUGGGUUUAAUAGAAAGCGAAAUAUUUUCAGCCCAAACUGAAUUACAUGAAAAGAUAUUAAUUUUGAAAGCUCGAAAAAUAAAGCGUCUGUGCAUGUUCUUUUUGGUAAACGCUGUUACAACAUGUUCGCUGUGGGCGGUUAUCCCAUUACUUGACAUUAGCAGUAAAAUGCUGCCUUUUAAAAUUUGGAUGCCUGUUUCGACCGGUGAAUCGCCUCACUAUGAAUUGGGAUAUCUUUACCAAAUGAUUACGAUUUACAUAAGUGCGUUUCUUUUUAUUAGCGUCGACAGCGUACCGCUUUCUAUGAUCAUGUUCGGAUGUGCCCAACUGGAGAUUAUUAUGGAUAAAAUUGGCAAGGUGAAAAGUUGGUCACUCGAUCAGCAACCGAUGCAAAAGCAAGAAGUGCUCAAUUCAAAUUAUGAGCUAUUAGUUGAAUGCGUGCGCCGCUAUCAAAGUGUAGUGAGAUUCAUUGAACUAACAGAAAAAACGUAUCACGCAAACAUAUUUUUUCAACUCAGUGGAUCGGUUUUCAUUAUUUGCAACAUUGGAUUUCGUAUUGCUAUCGUAGACAACAACAGUCUUCAAUUUUAUUCAAUGUUGACAUAUUUAGUAACGAUGCUCUCGCAACUAUUCCAGUACUGUUGGUGUGGGCAUGAGCUAACGAUUCGAGGUGAGGAAUUGCGUGAGACGCUGUAUCAAUCUCCCUGGCAUGAACAGGAUAUCCGCUACAGGAAGGUUCUCAUAAUUACAAUGGAACGAAUGAAAAGGCCUAUAAUAUUCAAGGCGGGUCAUUACAUUCCGCUGUCGAGACCUACUUUUGUGGCUAUACUCCGCUGUUCGUAUUCGUAUUUCGCCGUGUUAAAUAGAGUUCGAAACGAAUGAAAACACUAUUCACAAAUUAAUUGUUUAUUUAUAAACCGUGUAUCACAUAUGCGUAAUGUAUAAUAUUCACGAUAUUUAGGCAAAAGUGUGCUUAGUUCACGAAAAUUACGAAAAAUACAUUAAAAAAGUGAUUCCCACACAUACAUAGCGUUUUAAUUGGCCUUUUUAUUAUGCGUCAUAUUGUUGUUCAUUUCCCAUCAGGCGUCUUUAUUGUUGUACAAUUACUAUUAUAGGAUAUAGAUCCGGAUUCCCAAUUUCACAUUCUCACUCGAUAACUUAACCGAUCGCAAAGUUCUUAAAUUGGUAAGCAUUUUGUAUGAACAAGAAAAAGACGAGUGAUAGCAUUUUUAAAAAGGGGUCUCUUACCCAAAACUAUUUGGGAAUCCCUGAUAUAUUUCGAUUAUCUAUUUGUAUUUUACAAACACGAACAUCUCUUGUUAACACAUAAACAGGAGACUCCGCGGUAAAAAAUGCCAAUUAAUACAAAUUCUACAACAAUUAUUUUGGGAAACCACAUUUUAUAUUCCUGUAACGCUCAACCAUUUCUUAAGAUUAAAAACAUUAGUCAUGUAGAUAAAUUCGUGCGCUUAAAUAAAAUAUAAUAGCAUAAAGGCGAACGAAUACAAAACAAUUACAACCGCAUUUUAGAAUUUCAAUUAUUCAAUAGACCUUUUCAUACUCAUAUGUCAUUUUAGACAGAAUAAGCUCAAAUCGACGCGGGUAAACUUUUAUCGUCUUAUUAAGUUUUCG